AUGCCUCGCCGCAAGGGUGUGCCUAUCCAACGAGGAGGCCCACCCGAGGUGGCUCUUGCACCAUCACCUCGCCCGUCCAAGCGGGCCAAGUCUUCGCGUCCGUCGCCGUCGCUGGCCUCGGCCCUCGGUCCGCCGCCGGCAGGUGAUCCGCCGGUCGGCAGCCUGACCCUCGCCGACGACGCGGCCGUACCUGCUGGAGCCGACAUCGGCCACAUCGACGACUUGGACCAAGUGCUCCCGCCUGCGGUGCUAACGCCGCUGCGCGCCUUGCCACUCGCGGCCUCCUCGCCGCUUACCACACCCAAGACGGCAGGCGCGUCGACCUCGCUGCUGCACCACUUUCUCGGUCCGCAUACCACUUCGCAGCUCUCGCCACUCCCAAACUACACCGCGGUUGUCUACGAGGCCGGCCGCCCAUCUGGCACCGAGCCGCAGCUCGAUCGGGCCCGCACGCCACCGGCCCUCGUUCCCACGCUGCGGCCGUAUCAGGCCCGCGGCGUCCAGUGGAUGCUCGACCGCGAGAACGAGCCCGGCGAGGCAGCCUCGGUUGCUUCUGGCAUCCAUCCGCUCUGGCGUCCACUCCCCACACCGGCGUCAGCCGAUCCGGACGCCCCACCGCAGUGGUACUGGUGCCUCUCGAAUGGCGAAGUCUCGCGGAAUCCACCGCCGCCGCCGCUCCUCCCGCGCGGCGGUCUGCUCGCUGACGAAAUGGGCCUUGGCAAGACCGUCGAAGUGCUCUCGCUUCUCCUUGCCCAUCCCGCGCCGCCCACAUUCCCCACGUUGGAACCAGCGAUCGGAGCCCGCGCGGACCGAGUGCAGCGGACCCGCGUCUGCGGCUGCCCGCUCCCGCUCCCACCCCGCCUCAAGCUCACUUGCCACGGAUGUGGAUUGCUGGCAUGCAGUCGAUGCGCGGAUGAAGACUCAAUCUCCGACGACUGGUGGCUCUGUGUCGAGUGCGCGACCGAGUACGCGCUUGUCGAUCAGGCCGGCUGGCGGAUCAAGACGACGCUCAUUGUCUCCCCGACGCUCAUUGCUCACCAGUGGAAAGACGAGCUUGAGCGGCACGCGACCCCCGGCGCGCUGCGUAUUCUUAUGUACGACGGCAUGGCCAAGUCUGGGUGGCUUCCACCUUCGGUCCUCGCCUCGUACGAUGUGGUCAUCACUACCUUUGCCGUCCUCUCCUCCGAGCUCAACCACGUGUCGGUCGGCAAGUUUGCCAACAGACUCCGCCGCAACCAGCGAUACGUCCCACUCUCUACCCCACUUACCCGGCUAGUCUUUUGGCGCGUUGUUUCCGACGAGGCGCAGAUGAUCGAGGGCGCGUCUCGCGCCGCCGCCCUUGUCGCAGCCGUCGCCGCCGAUCGCCGCUGGUGCGUGACCGGCACGCCGGUUGCCGGCGGCCUUGCCGACAUCGCGGGCAUGCUCCGGAUCCUCCACGCCGAGCCGUACACCGUCCCGCGCGACUUUAAGCUUACCCUCGGCGCAGGGACCAGCGAGGCGCUCGACGAGCUGACCGGCCUCAUGAGCGCGCUUGUGUGGCGGACGCCCAAGGCCGACGUUGAAGCCGAGCUCGGCCUCCCAGCUCUCACCUCGGUUGUUCACACCAUCGAGUUCAACGCCGUGGAGAAGAUCCACUACCGCCGGCUAUUCACCGAUCUGGCAGCGUCAGUCGGCGACCUCCUGGCCUCGACCGGCGUCUCGGCCUCCGACGUCGUUCCUCCGGCGCUACAGUCGAUGCUCACCCGCCUGCGACAGGCGUGCUGCCACCCCAACGUAGGGCGGCCGACAUCCCGUCCGGGUGCGUCCACUGGUGGAAGCAGCAAUGGGCUCGUCCGCAACACACUCUCCAUGGGUGAGCUCCUUGCCCAGCUCAUUACCCGCGCAACCGUCGACGCCGAGGAGGCGCAGCGGCUGUACAUCAUGUCGCGAAACGGACUCGCGGGUGCGGUCCUCCUCGCCACGCCGCCAGACUAUGCCACAGCUGCUUCGCUGUAUCGCGAGACCCUCACGCUAGUCACCAACUCGGCAGCCGAGAUCGCCACCGAUACGCUGCAAGUUCUCCACGCGCGGCAUCAUCUCCACUGGGUGGUUACUCACGCGCCGCCCGGUGUCGUCCCGGCCAGUGCUGCAUUGCCUGAUGAGGCAGCGCUCGGCGAGGUUGUGGCGGGUAUGCGCGACCGGUUCGUCGGCUCGGCCGUCCAUGCGGUCGCCGCCGCCGCCGCUGAGCUGGCGGCGGCGACCAAGGCUGUGAGAGGCGUCAUGAACGAGCUCGGCUUUGACACCCGUGCUGGAGUGUGGAAGACACCGUGGUGGGCGAACCCGAUGCAGCGGCUGGCGUCGAUCGACGCUGCCUUUGCCACCUUUGUCAACACCUUUGUCAACGAGAACGGCUCGCUGGCGGCCUCGGAGGCCCGUCCGCUUCUCAUCCGCUAUCUCUACGGCAAAGCCGCUGUACUGGCCUACGACGCCGAUGCCGACGAAGAGGCCGGUAUGGCCGGCGGAAAGCGACGGCGCAAGAAAAACGAUGGCCCGCUCCGUGAUGGCACACCGCUGCUUCAUGUCAUGGCCAUGGCCUGCGACGAGCUUUUCAACGCUCGCGCCGCCGUUCUCCGCUCCGCCGCCUCCCGCAGGCGCGAACUGACCGAGGCCGACGUCGAUGAGCUGCUGGCGUGCCCGCGGUGCAAUCCGAACCUCAACGGCGAAAUUGACGACGCUGUCAACAUGUCGCUUGUCCCCACCGCACAGCGCAGCGGGGUGGCGUCGUGCACCUGGUGUGCUGCCGAGGACGUCAUCAAGACCUACGAGCGGUUCCUGUUCCAGGGCGAGUCCGAGGCAAUGACCGCGGACGAGCUCGAGCUCCGCUCCCGCCGCGAGCAGCUCGAGCGGGAGCGGGCCGAAAACGCUCGCCGCGACCUGCUCGCCCGCGCCGAUCGUGGCGCCCGCGAAGCCGCCGACGUCCAGCGUGCCCGUGCCAACACCUCGCUCGCCAUCGUGUGUGACGCUCUGGCGCGGUUCGUCACACGCUACCCACAGUGGACGCUCGAGAACGAUGACGACGCGCCGGCGCUCAAUGUGCAGUUGCAGCAGGUGAGCAUGGCGAGCAGCAAGACUCGGGGCCUGUUUGCUGAGCUCAAGAAGGAGCUUGUUGCGGCGCGCUCUUUCUGGCGUGGUCAAGUUGACGAGCUGCUGCGGCGCGACGAGCUGCGGAUGACGCUCUCGCGCAUCCGGCUCGCUGCGCCGGGCGAGGUUGUCCCACCCAGCCUGCAACACUUUGUCAUUCAUCCGGGAACUGUUGACGCAGUUGUGGCCAACUACCGCAGCGAGAUCCGCGUCCACCGCGGCGCGCUCAACUCGGCCAAGUCGCAGCUUCACUACCUCAAGCAGCUGCGGGCGGUGCGGUCGGCCAACUAUGCCGCCGAGCCAUGUCCGAUCUGCCACGAGGCGCUCGGGACCGAGGUUGUGCUAUUCACCUGCGGCCAUCUCUUCUGCCGCUCAUGCAUCACCGCCAUGGUGGCCGGCGCCCGCCACCGGAGCUCGCUUCCGUGCCCUACCUGCCGCAAUCGGGUCGUCAUCGCCGAAAUCUCGUACCUCUCCAGCGACGAAGUGGCGGCCCCGAGCGAAGGGCUUGAUGACGACGGUGCCUUGGGCGGUGUGCGGACGGCGCGGCGGCUGACCUCGCUGGUCAACGGCGAGGAUGUAGUGUCGAGCUCGGGCACCAGCGGUUGUCGGCCCAAGGUGUGGGAUCUGAGCGUGCCGACACGGGCGCCGCUGGCGGCAGCGUGGUCGUCCAAACUUGACGUCGUUGUCCUGCAAAUUGUCAAGCUUGUCGAAGCCCGGCCGGCGGUCAAGAUCCUUGUCUUUUCGCUCUGGUCAGCGCUGCUCAAGAUCCUCGAGUCCGCGCUGGCGGCGCAGGGGGUGUCGACAAUGAGCAUGGCCGGCGCAUCGGGCGCGCGGGCCAAGUUUCAUGCCACGGUUGAGGCCUUUCGGAGCGCAGAAACCAACGUCCUCCUCCUACCGCUCAACUUUUCUGCCAACGGCAUCAACCUCACCGAGGCGUCGAUUGUCUUUCUCCUUGAGCCGCAGACCAACGCCGCUGUCGAGGCACAGGCAAUCGGGCGAGUCCAUCGCAUCGGCCAGACACUGGCUACCUCAGUCUACCGGUUUGUCAUCUCGGGCUCGAUCGAGGAGGCCGUGGCGCGGGUCGGCGCGGCGCAGCUUGCCGCUGUUGCCGCCGGUGAGCGCAAGGCGAGCUCGCGGAGGGCAGCGGCGAGCGCCGCGCUCACGGUCGCCGACGUGUACUCGAUGUUUGGCCGAAGCCUAGGUGCGAUGCCCGGUGCGGUUGAUGGCGGCACAAUCGAUGAGGACGACGGCGACUCGGAGCCGCUUACGCUCGGCGAACUGCAGGUGCAGGCCCGGUUCUGGCGCGAGUCCGUCAUAGUGCCACCGCCGGUCGGGCGAACCGGCGAGGCCGCCAAGGAGAUGAGCCGUGCGAGCGCAGUGCGGACGCUCGAGCAUCGCCACGCCUAUCAGCGGCUACAAGCAUCGAUAUCCUCGACUCCAGGUGGGAAUGGCAGAGUCAGUGUGCCGCGCAUGCGGCGGUGGUGGUCGAACUGGCGGGCCUGGCCGCGGUCGGCGAGCGCGAGGCGCUCCCGUCCCGGCUGCAGGCGCUAA